AUGAUGCUUCCAAGGUUCCAAAAUCCCAACCUCUCUUCCAUUUCUAAAACCAACAUCAAACUGCUGCGUCACUUGUUAUGCAAUCCUCUGUGCACCCUGACUGAGCCAACCCCAGUCAGUGAAGUCACCGAGUCUCCCGAGCUUCCAAACUGGGUCAAAUUCUUCGACACUAAACGCCCAGAAAAGGCAGAUCUUGAUGAGGAUUUUGUUAUCCCUUCUCUUGCCGAUUGGGUCGAGGCUCAGAAGCUCAGAGACCCCAGAAAAGCUGUCAAGCGCCCGCUCAGCGAGACCGCUGAUACCGACGACAUCGAUAAAGUCUGUAGAAUCUUGAAAAAUGGGUACCCAUCAUGGAAAAAUGCUGCUCAAGCUCUGGAUGGGUGUGUUUUGGAUUUAUCAAACAGUUUGGUGGAACGGGUUUUGAGGAGGUUUAGCAAUGAAUGGGUUCCUGCUUUCGGAUUCUUCAUUUGGGCAAAAGCACAAACAGGUUAUAGGCAUCCGCCGGAGGCAUAUAACUCAAUGGUUGACAUUUUAGGCAAGUCCGAGAAUUUUGAGCUUAUGUGGGAGAUGGUUGAAGAAAUGGUCCAAAUUGGAGGAGGGUAUGUUACUUUGGACACAAUGAGUAAGGUGAUGAGGAGGCUUGCAAGGGCUGGCCGGUACAAGGAGGCAAUAGAUGCAUUUCGGGGGAUCGAGCGAUUCGGCGUGAGGAAAGACGUGCUGUCCUUGAACACUCUCAUGGGUGCAUUGGUGAAGGAAAGAAGUGUUGAGCAUGCCCAUGAAGUUUUCUUGGAGUUUAAGGAAUCUAUACCUUUGAAUUCUCAAACUUUCAAUGUUCUGAUACAUGGGUGGUGUAAACCCAGGAAGCUAGACAUUGCUAGAAACACAAUGGAGGAGAUGGAGAAGCACGGUUUUCGUCCCGAUGUUUUCUCUUAUACCUGUUUCAUUGAAGCAUAUUGUCAUGACAAGGAUUUUCGCAAAGUUGUUGAAGUUCUUGGUGAAAUGAAGGACAAGGCUUGUGAGCCAAAUACCGUGACAUAUACUGUAAUAAUGCAUGCUUUAGGGAAGGCAAGGGAGAUAACUAAAGCUUUGGAGGUUUAUGAGAAGAUGAAAAGGAGUGGUUGUGUUCCUGAUACUUCGUUUUAUAACUCUUUGAUUUUCCUUCUUGGUAAAGCUGGUAGGCUCAAGGAUGUUCAGGAAGUAGUUGAGGACAUGACAAAUCAAGGUGUAAAGCUGGACACUUUGACGCAUAAUACCCUGAUCUCUUCUGCUUGUGCACUUUCGCAGGAAGAGGCUGCUCUCAAGUUGCUCAAGAAAAUGGAGGAGGAAUCAUGCAAGCCGGAUCUUAAGACUUAUGCCCCGUUGUUGAAGUUGUUUUGCAGAAAGAAGAGGAUGAGGGUGCUCUGCUUUUUGUUAGACCACAUGUUUAAGAACGGCGUGAGCAUUGAAGGUGGAACUUAUGCACUCUUGGUACGUGGGCUUUGUAGCAAUGGUAAGCUUGAAAAUGCUUGCUCAUUCUUUGAGGAAAUGGUGUCGAAGGGAUUCGUUCCAAAGGACAGCACAUACAACAUGUUGAUAAAGGAAUUGGAGGGGAAGAGUAUGGAGAAAGAGAAGAAACAUGUUGAAAAGUUGAUGUUGCAGGCAAAAGAGCAAGAGAUAUAG